UUGCAAUGCUGCCACACCAACCGAUUUGCACCAAGGCAUUGCACCAAUCGUCCCACUUAUCCACUUAUCAUCACAGUCAUCCCCUUGUUCUCUCCCGGACCAUUGAACUAGAGAAAUAGGUUUCUGUUCCAUUGUCUUGAAAAGAGAGAAAAAAGAGAGAAAAACAGCACCAUGUUUGGUGGUUUGGAAAUCAAAGGCGGAGACGCCAAAAAGGAGCCCAAGUCAGCAGCUCCAGCACCAGCACCCGAUGCCGGCAGUGGUUUUUCCUUUCUCAAUCCAGCUCCAGCGGCACCCGCUCCUGCUCCUCCAGCAGCAGCAGCAGCAGUUGGCUCUGGAUUUUCCUUUUUGAAUGCGACUCCAGCUGCCUCGGAACCUGCACCAGCACCUCCCGCUUCGAGUGCUUUUUCCUUUAUGCAACCCGCCACAUCGGCACCAGCUCCUGCCGAUGCUACUACUACUGCUGCUGAAAAGCCCCCAGAAGCCCCCGCUACGGAAACAACCUCGGAUGCCGCUGGAUCUGGCUUUAGUUUCUUGGCGGGAGCCACACCAGCCCCAACCGAACCUCCCAAGACGGAGGAGUCAGCAGCUCCCGAGUCCAAUGUUUCCAGUGCCUUUUCCUUUUUGUCGAGUACGAGUACUCCAGCUCCUGAACCGCCUGCGACGGGAAGUUUACUCGACAUGACGGCUCCAGCAACUACUACUACUACCCCAGCCAAAACAAAUAAUGCCUUUGCUGCUGCCGCCCCAACAACAACCAACUUUGCUCCUCCUGCCGGUGUCGGAAUUUCCUUUGGAGGAGCUACCGUCAAUAGCAAUCGUCCCAAGAAAAAGAAAAAUAGAGCCAUGAAAGUAGGUGUUGGAGGAGGAGGUGCUGCUGUGGCUACUACAACAUCCGGACUUCCAGCUCCCUCGGAAUUACCCGAACCAUCGGCUAUACCAGAAAUACCUGCCAGCAAUAGCAAUACACGGGAAGAUGCUUUGGAGGCGAGUCGUCGUGCCGAAGAAUUUAUGAAUCAAAAAAUGAAGGAACAGGCUACUGUUGUCGAAACAACCGAUGCAACCGCCAAAAACCCAGAAGCUCCGGCAGAAUACGAUGACGAAAUGAUUGCGGCUGCAGCGGCGGCUGCCGUCGAAGCACAAGCCAUGAAUCAAGCAAAGAAUCAAAAAGCAACUGCCGGAGGAGCUCGUGGCCUCAUGGGUGGUUUGUUUCGAAGAGCCAGUCCUCCCACAUCGAGCAGCAACUUGAAUGCUGGUGGUACUAGCAGUAAGCCGGGGUCCUUUACCAGCACUGGCGGAGGACCUCGGCCUCCCAAACCUGCCGUGGACGUCGCAAAACCUUCCAGUGCCCACAGUUUGUCGUCUGACGAAGGAAAGCCACCCAGACCCACCGACACACCGGCUGCACCCGUAUAUUCUGCAGCAGAAGCAGCUACCCAGCCAAAACCACCCCCCACGGCACCUACUACGUUUUCAGCGCCACCUCCAUUGCCACCCAGACCCGUGCAGCCACAACAACAACAAAAGCCAGAACCACCCAAAAUUAAAACUCCACAGGAAUUGCUCAGUAACAUGCUCAGUGUGUUCCGACUCAAUGUGGAAACUUCCAUGGGCAAGGUAACACAGCUGCGACAACAGCGUACACGAUUGCUGGAAGAACGAACCAGAGCCUUGACGCAGGAGCGUCUGGCCACGCAACAACGAGAUUUGACCGAACAGCAAUUGACGGCUGCGGCAGAAGCAGAAGAUUACGAAUUGGCGGAUCAACUCGGAGGCGUCUUGAGCAAUUACGAAAAGGAACAAAAAGAAUGUGCGAGUAUGCGGGAACACAUUGACAUGGCCAUUCAAGAAUUGGAUUCGCAAAAACAAAUUGUAGUGCAGGGUGUCUUGCAAUGUUUUCAAACCAUGCAAACACAAUUGGAAACCUUUGAAUCUACGCAACAAACAAAGGAGCACCAGGAGGACGACACUGCCAUGAAGAAGUUUGCUUCCAUGACAAAGCAUCUGGCACAAGAACACGAACGGCUGCAGCAAGAUUUGAAACAUUUGGAGCGAGACGAAGAAUUGGUGACAGAAGAACGAAAGGAAGUGGAAACUGCCAUUUCCGAGCAAUCCUGCGACUUUGAAAAGCAACGCGACGAAGCCAAGGAGAAAUUAGCAGUGGCCGAUGAAGAACUGGAGGAAUUACGAAGGAAGCUUGAGGCCAAGAAUGCCGAAGCCACACAAUUGCGCAACGAAAUUGCUGGUCACGACGACAGUAUCCUGCAAGUCCGUGUUCAGUUUUCGAGGCAGUUGCAGCGAGUCCAAAAGAAAGAGACCACCGUCAAAGACCACCGCACUGAAUGGGAAGCAGAAAAGGCAACUUUCCAAGCCGAAAAGGACAAUCAUGAAGCCGAAGUGAAGGCUCACUCAGAUGCAAUCGAAAGACACGAGAAAUUGAUGGCUUCCCUCAAAGAUGAGAUUGCAUUGGCCGGAAAGUUGGAGAAGAUUGUCGAGCAUGAAGUGGGAGCGGAAGUUUCAACGUCGGAAGAGGAUGGCGCCGAUGAUGCCGUCGACAGUGACAUCCUUGGCUUACAGGCAGAAGUUGUCAAGUGUGAAGCAGCGGUCACAGAGGCCAAGGAGGUGCUCAAAGUGGCGACAACAACGCUCGCGAAUCUAGAAACGGAGAUGGCUGGAUUGAUUGCCAAGAUUCCCGAUCUCGAGGCUGUCAAGAAGGCAGCUGCCGCGAAACGGGAUUUCAAGGUAGCAGGAAAAGCGUCCAAAGAAAUUAAAGACGCCACGGCACGAGUCAAAGAAUGCCAAGAAGAGCUCACUGGGGAAGCUGUGGACCGCAAAGAGACGGCCGAGAAGGAGCUAGCCAAGCUCGAAGAAGAACUGACUGCAAAACGAAAGGUUGCACUCGAGCAGGAAAAGGAAACCGGCGUGGCAACGAUGAAGAAGCUGGCAGAACGCAUUGAAAAGCUUGUCGAAACGAAAAAGCAAGUCUGUGGCGAUGAUUACGAACCUAAUAGAAUGCAGGGUGUGGGUGCCUAUGUUCUGGAAGAGCAAAUCAAGUCGUUGACUUUGGAAGGCAAAUCAUACGGGGAGAAGUAUGGUGGAUGGGAGGAAUUGAUUGCCAAAGUCCUGCCGUCGGAAGGAGGGGGCGACGCAACUGCUACAGCAGAAUCCGACAAACCAGUCGAAGAACAACCUGUACAGGAGACCGAUGCUGCUACCACAGGUGAACCAGAAAAGCCCAAAGCUUCCAAGAAAGAAAUGAAGGCAAGCUUUAGACGGCUUACGCUAGAGUUGAAAGAAAUUGAAGCGAAAAUCGAGGCUGCUGUCGCAGAUGAGGACUUCGACGUGGCAGCAGACUUGGAUGAGAAAUUGCAACAGUUGUUGGCUGAUGUCCAAGCACUGGACUUGACAGACGCUGAAAUGGAACAAGCGUUGGCUGGAGACGACAACGACGAAAGCGAUGAACCUGCAGUCCCCACAGCAGCAAGUGAGGUGGAGGCCGAAACAGAUGAAGCAGUGGCAGAUGCGGAGCCAUCGGAAGAGAAGCAACCACCCCAGGAAGAAAUGGGAAAAGAGGACGACGAGGACAAGCCGUCGUCCGGGGAUGACAAGGUAGAAGCCACUCCAGCCGAAGAAGACGACAAGGAAGCCGAAAAGGAUGACACCGACCUCAAUGACGGUUUCGUUGCUGUUAGUCCGGAUGUAUAGUUAUAGAACCAUUUCUAUUCUUCUAGUAGGCUAGUUCGGUAGCUUUGCAAUUUACUGUCCACC